AUGCCUCCGGCUCGGGUUUCCCUUCGCCCCCGCCGAGGAGGAGGACGAGGGCCGGGCCUGGCUUGGCUUUCCCCCGCAGGCCUUCGAGGGGAGGAGCCUCUGCCUCUACCGCCGCCUUCGAAGCCUCGCCUCCGCGCUCGGCGUCACACGCCUUCGCGUCUGGGAACCGAGGCCUCCUCAGCGCCAGGGAACCGGGACAGGCCUCCGCCUCCCCUCCAGGCCGCGAGCUUCUUUCUAAAGCAACGGCUUUAUUCAGGGAAGAACAACCUCAGUAAGAUGGCUUUAUUGACUCAAAAGAUAUCUAGAUGCUCUCCCUUGAUGAAGACUUCCAUUAUUGUGAGCUGCACAAAACAACUGAGAAAGCAAUCCAUCAAAACCUGGACACUGUCUCCUGAGCAGUUGGGUUUUCCACUGUUUUCCCACUACAGGAAAUGUUGCCAACCAGUAUUAAAGUACUCUAGGAGUUUGCCUUUAGGUAACCAUGUGUCAUGCUGUUGUUCAAGUACCGAUCUAAUUCCAAGUCCAGAAAACAAAUCUCUUUCUUUAGUCAAUACACUGGAAAAUGAAGUAGGACCUAAUAUAGAUAUGAACACAAUGCCUCGAGAUUUGGAAGAUGCAUUGCCUUCAUCUGCUUUGGAGGAGAUUUCAGAAGAUGAAGCCCUUCAGAUCCUAGCUAAGCCACCACUACCUUUUGAAUCUUUCACACUUCAAGAUUACGUUGAUCGUUCAGAAACCCUGCAGAAGCUAGUGCUUCUAGGAGUCGAUUUAUCCAAAGUGGAACAACGUCCAGGUGCAGGCCAACUUCUUCUUAAAUUAGACUUUGAAAAAGAUAUAAGAAAAAUCCUUCUCUUUCUUAAGGAUGUUGGUGUCGAAGAUAAACAGCUUGGGGCAUUCCUCACUAGAAAUCCUUAUAUUCUCAAAGAAGAUGUCCAAGAUUUAGAGACAAGGAUAGCUUAUCUAAUAUCAAAAAAAUUCAACAAGGAAGCAAUUGCACGAAUGGUCUCGAAGGCUCCAUAUUUACUUCUAUUUUCUGUGGAAAGACUGGAUAAUAGGUUGGGUUUCUUCCAAAAAGAACUUGGACUAAACACUCAAAAGACCCGUGAUCUAGUGACUCGUCUUCCAAGAUUGCUGACUGGUAGUCUUGAAAUUAUUAAAGAAAAUCUAAAGGUGUAUGAACUUGAACUUGGCUUUACUCUGAAUGAAGUGCGGCACAUUGUACACAGAAUCCCCAAGAAUUUGAGUAUAAAUAAAAAGAAACUAACAGAAACAUUUGAUUAUUUACACAACAUAAUGGGCAUUCCACACAAGCUCAUUGUUAACUUUCCUCAGGUUUUUAAUUCAAAGCUGCUACGAAUUAAAGAGAGACAUAUGUUUCUUACUUUCCUGGGGAGAGCACAAUAUGAUCCAAAGGAGCCAAGCUAUAUCUCAUUAGAACAACUGGUAGCUUUGCCUGAUGAUGUGUUUUGUGUAGAAGUUGCCAAAGCAGAAGUACAGGACUUUGAAAAUUUUUUGAAAACAUUGUAAAGACUGUAUUUUAAUGUAACUCUUGUGAUAAUGUUUGAAAUUACUGCAUUGAAUAAAAAGUAACAUCAAAUUCUAAAUUUUAAAAAUAUACUGUUUUAAGAUAUGGGGGUACAAACACUGCCUAAAUGCCCUGAGUUUCUCUUAUCACCAUGAUUUUGAAAAGGUAGCUCUUUGGUAAAAGGUACAUUGGUAUCACUGAAGAUAUGAUAAAUGAUCCACAUGCAUAUUUUUUAUUUACGUCCACACACUCAUUCUGCUUGGCUGUAGCAAUCACCAUCAAAAUGGCAGAGGUUUGGCCUAGGUGAAUAUGUCUUAAUUUAAAAGAAUAUAUUUUCCAGGCUGAUUUUGUCCCAGUGCUUACUGAGCCUAUAUUACAAUUUCCUAAAUGCUAUAGUUAUUUUUUCUCUGUGCAGCAUUGGCUGUACUGAGGUUUCAUACCAUUUCUGUACCAUCCUCUGCACUUUAUUUUUUCCAUGGCUGCAAUAUUAUAAUCAUAAAAGUGCCUGCAUAGCACAUUUCAUGGGACAACAUAGAUUCUCUCUUGUCCUACUGUAAUAUAUUUUAAAGUAUUUUCAUGAUUGCUGCUGUAACAAUCUUUGCACUGAAAACCAUCUCAGGCACCAGCAUUGAUCCUGAUUUUAGUGAGUUAGUAGUAUGAGCAUUGCUCUGGCCCAAAAAUGGGCAUGAUAGGGUCCGGGUGUGCCAAUAUUAGCUGAGCUAUAACCUGUUGAUGCUAUCUGCUUUAGCAGCAGUCCUUAUGAUGUGGUUUUGUUUUCAAUGUAACCGCAUGGAUAUUCAGGCAAAAUGUCUUAAUUGCAUAAUUAUAGGAAAAAUCAUACUUGAUAAAACUAGAAAUGACUUGCCAACCUGCAGUUCUGGCAUUAUUUCAGCUGCUUUUGAACCUGCUUCAUAGAAGCAAGUCUCUGUUUCUACAAUGUCAGAUCAGAUAGUUUCACAAGCUGUAAUUUACAUCAUUUCUAGUGUUUUAAAGCUGCCACUAUGCAGUGGUUGCAGUUUGUGGCUCUGAUUAUUUCUAGAAGCUGAAACGUAGAACCAGCACACUUCUACAGCACUCUACUUACAAUGCCUGUCUCAGGAAACACUCUGAAGAGUAGGCUAGCUGGCUUUGUGUAGAGGAUAUGGUUGUUACUAUUCAGUGUUGCCUGCACAGAAGCAAAACGUUUGUGUGUAAGCAGUACUGGGGUUGUGGUUACUGAUGUAAUGAAGGAGCUCUAGCUCACUUUGAGGCAAACAUAGUCUGCCUGUCUAAUACAAAUGCUGGCGCUGUUUGUAGCUUCAUAGCUUCCUAUGCUUCUUAGAAUGGCAAUGAUACAUGCCCCCCUGUGUAACCAAGGCAAAAUAAGUUUUUAUGGGAAUGGGUAAGGCCCAACAAUGUUCCUUUGUUGUAGUCUGAAGUCAAGAUGGAACCCAGUCCUGUUUGACUAGUACUUCCUGGGCACUCUCCUUAUCCCAGGAAAAACAGUUUAAUAUAAGGCUGUUUUGCUUAUUGCAGAUGAGAUGUGAUGCUGCUGCUUCUCCUGGGGGGAGAAAUGCAAUAGAGGUCAGUCUAUAAUGGAUGGUUUAAAAAAAAAUCCUGACCAUGCUGUUGUAUCCCGUACUUGAGUUCCCAUGUCAGGAGAAAGGUGGGAUUAAAAAUAAAAUAAAAAGCCUCUUUAGGAACAGUUAUCCCAUUUGCAGUAUAAGAGGCCUACCUGGUUUCCACACUUUCAUAUGUUUACAUAUGGAAUACACUCAGUUAUUUCACAUGCAGGUUUUGAUACCUACAGGUUUUGAUACCUUCAGUGUGAUAAUAAACUACAUUUUACAAGUGAGUUAGGAACUGCAAAUACAGUCUAACUAGAUUUCAUGUUCAGCUUUCCCAAUAAAUAAUUACACAGCUAUGAAAGUUAAAUUGGAAUGUAUGCUUUCUACAGUAUCCUUGUUUAUUUCAUGAAAAAGGGUCAUCAUUGGUUUGAAUUAGAAUCUUAUGCAUGACAUAAUUAAUGCUCUUCUAGGCACUCUUGCUGGGAGCUUAUUCUCUGAGCGUGUGGGCUGUAGCCUACCACUCCUAUCUGAGGAACUCAACCCCUGGUGCUAGAGGUGUAUUAUUGGCAUUGAAACUUCAUCCCACCCAUAUCCUUUCUGAAAAGAUCAGUUGAGUCAUUUAUACAUAAUGGAAAGAACAGGCUUCUAGAUUAUCAAAGGAGAUAUAUAGACACUGAGAGAGAAAAACUGAAAAGAACAAUAGCUGAUGAUCCUAAUAAAGAUUUGGGCUUUUUUAAUGGA